AUGAUCCUGGAGCAACGAUCUGCAACAAAGGUAACUUUCCCUCUGGUGUGGACAAACACCUGCUGCAGCCAUCCGUUGUACCGAGAAUCUGAGCUUAUUGAGGAGAAUGCUCUUGGGGUGAGGAAUGCUGCACAGAGGAAGCUCUUGGAUGAACUAGGCAUUCCUGCUGAAGAUGUUCCAGUUGGUCAGUUCGUGCCACUGGGUCGUAUGCUGUACAAGGCACCAUCUGAUGGGAAGUGGGGAGAGCAUGAACUGGAUUACCUUCUCUUCAUUGUCCGGGACGUCAGCGUGAACCCCAACCCUGAUGAAGNCAAUUCUAAGAAUAAGGGUAGCAAUUGUGUUGAUUACCUUCUCUUCAUUGUCCGGGACGUCAGCGUGAACCCCAACCCUGAUGAAGUUGCUGACAUUAAAUACGUGAACCGAGAUCAAUUGAAAGAGCUGCUAGCAAAAGCUGAUGCUGGUGACGGUGGUCUGAAGCUGUCCCCUUGGUUCAGACUCGUCGUGGACAAUUUCCUUUUGAAGUGGUGGGACAAUGUCGAGAAGGGGACCCUCCAGGAAGCUGCUGAUAUGAAAACCAUUCACAAGUUGACUUAA